AUGGCAAUGGAAGAGGACACGACGCAUGACCAACCUAGGUCGAGACCUGGUUUAAUCUUUGCAGGAGACAAAGCUGGAAUGCUCUAUGCUACCUCGAAGGAAGAUCCGUAUGAUCCUUGGGUGCCUGUUCAUCACCUGGGCUCCCAGAUUUCGAGUGUGUAUAUUCAUAACAAAACUAUGUACGCGGCUUCGCUAGGUCCGAAGCCGCAAAUCUUCAUAUCUACCAGCGAAUUCAUGUCUAGCCUUAGCAUGCAUUCCUUUCACGACAUGUGGACGGUACACUGGCUGAUGCCGUCACCUGAAAGCGAUGCAUCCAAUGCAAGUGCUGUUAUUGGGAUGAAACAACGCGCAGUGUAUAUGCCUUCCCUCGAAACGCACCGUGGUGCAUAUAUCAUGCCCACAAAUUCCGACGUGUUCUCUGUCUAUAAGCACCAUUGGACUGUCCUUACUGGUGCUCGUAAUGGAUCUGUAAAACUCUUCGAUGUGAGAACACCUCCCACAUCUCACGUGAAUAUAUUUCCGCCAUGCGUUCGUGCAUCUCGCACACUGGGCGUACCCGUUGCGGAUCCCAUACCACGCCGUGGGCUCAACCUAGCACCUACAAGUCGUGGAACAGCAGGGAGUAGAUGGAAUGCCCUCUCUAAAUCACCAACUAGACGUCCAUUGGCACUAGGAAACCCCGCACAUGACGAUCGAUCUGCGGGAGGAACCACACUUGAGGAGGCCAAACCAAUGCAUACGAGCUCAGUGACAAAUCUUCGCGUCCUAGAUGAAUGGGGACUUCUUCUAGCGUCGAUGGACGGGACGCUUAAUGCCUAUGAUAUGCGAUUCUGUGGCUUCGCAUCUCGUUCACAAGCUGAAAUGGGGACGUUUGUCAUUCGGUCAACGAAAGCGAAGCUCGGAGAAGUGGCGACGCUGCCACGACCCGUCUUCAAUUUAGCUGGUCACGUCAACACUUGUAGCCAAGGACUGGGCUUCUGUGUGAACCCGUCUGCCUCGAUCCUGCUCGCCGCCGGAGAGGAUAAGCGGAUCCGGGCCUGGUCCUUGCGCACCGGCGAUAAUGUUACCAAUACGUCUACUUCGAAUUCGCCUGGGCCUUCUGGAAAAGCUACUCCCAACCUGUCAUCUUCGCCACGUAGUACCCCUCAAGCUGGCCUCCUGUCUCGCACCUUCUCAAGGCCGGUCAAUUCUAUUGUGAUGGCUGAAGAUGGAAAGGAAAUCUGGGUCGCGAGUGGGCGUGAAGCUCUUUGUUUCGAGGGUACUCUCUCGUUUAGAUGA